AGAGAGAAGGUUCCCCAUGCUCCCAGUGUGAGAGGGAUCUCCCACGCCACACCAAUGGUGGCACAGAGAACGGCCCAAGCUGUGGGCAACCACCAUCGCCAAUUGAAUGGCCACCGUGCACCUUGGCGACCUGCCAAUCAUGCUCACCAUGCACCUUUGCUCCAUCACAAGAACCACAAACCUCGGUUCAAGCCUGGACCCUGGCAAAUGGCUCAUGCUACCUUCUACGGAGGCAGCGAUGGCCAAGGAACAAUGGGGGGUGCUUGCGGUUAUACUGAUUUGAACAGCCAAGGGUAUGGGUAUCAAACAGCAGCAUUAAGUGAAGCUAUGUUUAAUAAGGGGUCGACAUGCGGAGCAUGUUAUGAGAUCAAGUGUGUGAACGAUCCCCAAUGGUGCAAGCCAGGGCAGCCUUCUCUCUUUGUCACUGCAACCAACCUUUGCCCACCAAACUACUACCUAUCAGCCGACAAUGGAGGAUGGUGUAACCCACCUCUCCAGCAUUUUGAUCUUGCCCAGGCUGCUUUCCUUCAGAUUGCCGAAUACAAGGCCGGCAUUAUUCCCGUUCAUUAUCGCAGGGUGCCUUGCCAGAAGAAAGGAGGGAUUAAGUUCACCAUAGGAGGGAGUCAAUACUUCACGCUGGUUCUGGUAUGGAAUGUGGGAGGCGCAGGAGACAUCAAGAGUGUGCAAGUGAAAGGUGACAAAGUGCCAUGGACACAAAUGACACGCAACUGGGGUCAAAACUGGCAAACCGGUACCGUUUUGGCGGGCGAGUCACUCACCUUCCGAGUCGUGGCUAGCGACGGUAGGACCUCCACCUCCUGGCACAUUACCCCACGUAACUGGCAGUACGGCCAAACCUUCGAAGGCAAGAACUUUAGGUAGUCAUCGAUCGAUCCAAUCUCAUAUCAUCA